AUGGGGGCGGCGCGGAGGGAGCGAUGCGCUGCUCCCUUCCCCUUCCUGUGGGUGGCGGUUCUUGGGGCGGCGCUGCUGCUGGGCGGCGGCGGCGGGGUCGUCCGCGGCUUGGAGGAGGGUGCCGCGGUUUACAUUGUGACCAUGAAGCAGGCGGCGGCGUCCCACAAGCGCCUCGACUUGGAGAGGUCUGGGAGUACCAGUGUUGCCGCCGCUGGCGGCGGCGGCGGCGGCGGGGAUACUCCGGCCACCAGCGUUCUCAGGAAGCCCAGGCAUGGUUCAUCCAAACCUCUGAAUUAUGGCUCAUACCUAGUUCACCUGCAUAAUUCUCUCUUGAAGAAGACACUAAGAGGAGAACACUACAUAAAGUUGUACAGUUACCACUACUUGAUUAAUGGUUUUGCUGUUGUCCUCACUUCUCAGCAGGCAGAGAAGCUAUAUAGGAGAAAAGAAGUGGCAAACAUGAUGUUGGAUUUCUCUGUUAGGACCGCAACUACAUAUACCCCUGAGUUCCUUGGCCUGCCACAGGGUGCAUGGGUGCAAGAAGGUGGUCCUCAGUGUGCUGGCCAGGGUGUUGUUAUUGGCCUCAUUGAUACAGGAAUUGAUCCAAAUCACCCUAGCUUUGCAGACGACUUGACAACUGAUAAUUAUCCAGUUCCUGCUCACUAUACUGGCAAUUGUGAGGUUACAAAUGAUUUUCCAUCUGGAUCCUGCAACAGGAAGCUUGUCGGUGCUCGUCAUUUUGCAGCAUCUGCAAUAACCCGAGGAGUCUUUAAUGCCUCUCAAGAUCUUGCUUCACCAUCUGAUAGUGAUGGCCACGGAACCCACACAGCCUCCAUCGCGGCUGGUAAUCAUGGAAUUCCUGUUAUUGUGGCUGGCCAUCACUUUGGGAAUGCAAGUGGAAUGGCUCCUCGUGCACACAUUGCUGUCUAUAAAGCUCUGUACAAAGGCUUUGGAGGUUUUGCUGCUGAUGUAGUGGCUGCAAUAGAUCAGGCAGCUGAAGAUAAUGUGGAUGUAAUCAGUUUAUCUAUUACCCCUAAUAGGAGGCCUCCUGGAUUGGCUACAUUCUUUAAUCCAAUUGAUAUGGCACUAAUGUCAGCUGUGAAAGCUGGCAUAUUUGUUGUGCAAGCUGCAGGAAAUACUGGUCCUUCCCCUAAGAGCAUGUCUUCAUACAGUCCGUGGAUUUUUACUGUAGGCGCUUCUGCUCAUGACAGGGAGUAUAAAAAUUAUGUUGUACUUGGCAACAAUUUGACCAUUCCAGGAGUUGGCCUUGCUCCUGGAACAGAUGGUGAUUCCAUGUACAAUCUAAUUGCUGCACCUCAUGCACUCAAAAAUUAUACCACCAGUCCUAUUGAAAUGUCCCUAGGGGAGUGCCAAGAUUCAAGCCACCUUGAUAAAGAUCUGAUAAGGGGAAAGAUACUGGUCUGCAGCUAUUCCAUAAGAUUUGUACUUGGCCUCUCUUCUGUGAAGCAAGCUUUAGAUACAGCAAAGAAUGUCAGCUCCGCAGGAGUUAUAUUCUACUUGGACCCUUUUGUCCUUGGUUUCCAGCUUAACCCAACUCCAAUGGAUAUACCUGGACUUAUUAUACCAUCAUCUGAUGACUCUAAGAUAUUCCUAAGUUAUUACAAUGAGUCACUUGUACGAGAUGAAACGUCAAACAGAAUUGUCAGCUUUGGUGCAGUUGCAAAAAUACUAGGAGGUCUGGAGCCAAACUAUGGCAGUUCUUCACCAAAAGUAAUGUUUUAUUCUGCUAGGGGUCCUGACCCAGAGGACAACACAUUGGCCAAUGCUGAUAUCUUGAAACCAAAUCUGAUUGCACCUGGCAGUUCCAUCUGGGGAGCUUGGAGUUCACUUGGGUUAGAUUCUGCUGAAUUUACAGGUGAAAGUUUUGCGAUGCUCUCUGGAACAAGUAUGGCCGCACCACACGUUGCUGGCCUUGCUGCUCUAAUCAAGCAGAAGUUUCCUUCUUUCAGCCCAGCAGCUAUAGGUUCAGCGCUGUCUACCACUACAACUCUCAGUGACAGGCAAGGGAGCCCAAUCAUGUCACAGCGAACAUACAGCAACCCGGACUCAACACAAACUCCAGCUACACCUUUUGACAUGGGGAAUGGGUUUGCCAAUGCUACUGCAGCUUUGGACCCCGGACUGAUAUUUGAUUGCAGUUAUGACAACUACUUCUCAUUUCUCUGUGGUAUAAAUGGUUCUGCUCCAGUAGUGACGAAUUACACCGGCAGCAACUGUGGGGUCUCCACGAUGACUGGAGCAGACCUAAACCUACCCUCAAUCACCAUAGCAGUGCUCAACCAGUCGAGAACAAUAACAAGAACGGUCACCAAUGUGGCAUGCGACGAGAACUACACGGUCAGUCUCAACGCACCUUACGGGGUGACAGUGUCCGCAGCACCUACACAGUUCUUCAUUCCCAGCGGGCAGGAGCAGGUCGUGACCUUCGUUGUGAAUGCCACCACAAACAACUCUUCCGCAAGCUUUGGGUUUGUUGGAUUCUAUGGCGACAGGGGUCACCAGGCGAUCAUUCCGUUUUCGGUCAUGUCCAAGGUCGUGUACAGUUCUUGAUCACUGAUAAGCUGACGCCAUCCUAUGGAAAUGGUGACCUGACUGAUCCAGUAUACGCAGCGGCGACUUGACUUGUGGCUAGAAUGACCAGAAUUUAUUUAGUUGUUCUUCUUGUCAGGAUUAUUUAGUUGUUCUUUUUGUCAGGGUUAUUUAGUUGUUCUUUGUUGUACAUUUUGAAGCAUGUUAUGUAAGUAGAUGAGUGGGUGAACAAUAACUGUAAAGAGAAUUUACUAAU